ACGCUAUCUGAACGAAACGAAAUUAAAUAUGCAGAUGUCUUUUGAACAGCAUAACGGGGAUUUUGCCCAGAUGUUGGCAGCGGCUGGUGUUGGUGAUAUUGGUGAACCAGAGGCAAAGAUGAUCAAACUGGAAGACGGUAUGAAAGAUCCAAACUUCUCAAGGAGAAGCCCCUCUCCAAUGCCAGUUUUUGCUGAACAAAAUGGGCCUGUGUUGGCGGGUCCAGGUGCCAAGAAAGAUGGUCCACAUGGGUUACCUAGGUUGACUGAAGGACAGCAGGAUUUCUUGACAAAAGCCAAAAAAUAUGCAAUGGAACAAAGUAUCAAGAGUGUGCUGGUGAAACAAACACUCGCUCAUCAACAGCAGCAAAUGACAAAUUUACAAAUGGCAGCUCAGAGGCAGCGUGCGUUAGCUUUGAUGUGCCGUGUUUAUGUGGGAUCCAUCAAUUUUGAACUAAGAGAAGACACCAUCAAGCAAGCAUUUCUUCCAUUUGGUCCAAUCAAGAACAUCAAUCUGUCUUGGGAUCCAGUUACAAUGAAACAUAAAGGUUUUGCUUUUGUUGAGUAUGAUUUACCAGAAGCAGCUCAGUUGGCAUUAGAACAGAUGAAUGGUGUUAUGAUUGGUGGACGUAAUAUCAAGGUGGGACGUCCUAGCAACAUGCCUCAAGCACAGCCUAUUAUUGAUCAAGUGAUGGAGGAAGCGAAGCAGUACAAUAGGAUAUAUGUUGCAUCAGUUCAUCACGAUCUGUCAGAAGAGGAUAUCAAAAGCGUUUUUGAAGCCUUUGGCAAAAUAAAGAUGUGUAUGCUAUCAACUGAUUCUAUUCCAUCCAAACAUAAGGGCUAUGGUUUCAUAGAGUAUGAGAGAAACCAAUCUGCACAAGAUGCAAUAGCUUCUAUGAAUUUAUUUGACUUAGGUGGACAGUACCUAAGGGUUGGAAGGUUUGCCACAUCAAAACAUAAAAAUGUGAUCUUCUUUGUUUUACAGGCAUUAGAUGCAGUAGCUGGUAUAACUGGCAGUGCAGCACCACCUGCUUUACCUUCACAAAGUUUAAUGCCAAAUAUCGUCACUGCUUCCCCAUCUGGAUUUUCAUCUCCUGGGCUAUUUCAACAGGCUGUGUUAGCUUCAAAUGCACCUGGUGUUAUUACAGGUGUUACACCAGCCAAGACUACUGCAGCUUCAACACCGUCAGCAACAACAAUAGCAGCAGCAGCAGCUGCCAUUCAAGAGAAAAAAGAAAAAGAGGAAGAAAAAGAAAAAGCCGAGAAUGAACUCCCUCAGACACUUAGUGAACAGGAGAAUGUUUCAAUAUCUGGGAGUAGUGCGAGGCAUAUGGUGAUGCAAAAAUUACUUCGGAAAACUGAGUCCAGGGUGAUGGUUCUACUGAACAUGGUUUCGAUAGAAGAUUUAGACGAUGAACUUGAAGGUGAGGUGACAGAAGAAUGUGGAAAAUUUGGAAAUGUUAGUCGGGUUAUUAUUUAUCAAGAAAAACAAGGCGAAGAAGAAGAUGCUGAAGUUAUUAUAAAAAUAUUUGUGGAAUUUUCUUUGCCCAGUGAGGCUGAAACAGCAAUAGCAUCAUUGAAUGGUCGGUGGUUUGGAGGACGGCUAGUGAAAGGAGAGACAUACGACCAAGCAAAAUUUGAUGCAGGGGACCUAUCAGGGUAGAUUGAAGUUCUUAGCAGAUCUCAAGAAAUUUACAUUAUAUUGCCUUCACACGUCCUUCCACAGAGCAUAGUUCGCUACCUUCUGUUGACUGUAUGAAGCCUGUUAGUUACGGAUUAGAUGAGCGUGUUGAAAGGAUGUUGCAUUUGAAGGAAGCAACUCUACGCAACAGUUACUAUCGCCGAUGUGUAUCAUAGAAUUUUUAAUGUUA